GAUUAUAAAAAUAAUCUAUUUUUCGCUUGUUGAAUAGUUUUUUUCUUUCUUAUUAAUAAAAUUUUUGUUAGAUAUUUAAGUAUAGUAGUUAAAAAUGUCUUCAAGAACGUUGCGCCAUUCUUGGAAGAGGUUUGUACAUACCAGAUCACGACUUCAAAAUCAUGUCAAAUGGUUAGAACCAAGUGGAAGUAUAUCAGAUAUUGUGAUUUUCAACCCUGUAGCAAAAGCUAAAACACCACUGAUAUUAAAAAAUAAUAACGUGGCCACGUGGUACAUGUGUGGGCCGACAAUUUAUGAUUCCGCUCAUAUUGGGCAUGCUAGUACAUAUGUCAAAUUUGAUAUUAUACGCCGAAUAUUGUCAGAAUUUUUUGAUAUUAAUGUUGUACUUGUUAUGGGCAUGACAGAUAUUGAUGACAAGAUAAUUAUUAAAUCAAAAGUAACUGGUAAAAAUUGGCAGGACCUUACAAAACAUUACAAAGAUGAAUUCUUUAGAGACAUGGAGUUGUUACAUGUUUCUAAACCAUUGAUGACUUGUAAAGUCACUGAUUAUAUACCAGAGAUUGUUUCUUUCAUUAAAAAAAUUGUAGACAAAGGUGGAGCAUAUGUUGGAAAAGAUGGCUCUGUAUAUUUUGAUACCUUAAAGUACCCUUAUUAUGGAAAAUUAGCAGUUCCUCUGCCAGAAGAGUCUCACGUAAUUAAAAAAUCAUCCUUAGAUUUUGCCCUCUGGAAAUCAGUAAAAGAAAAUGAACCAUACUGGGAGAGUCCUUGGGGUAAAGGUAGACCAGGUUGGCAUAUAGAGUGCAGUGCAAUCGCAAGUGCAGUUUUAGGAAGCAAUAUUGACAUACAUAGUGGAGGUAUAGAUCUAGCAUUCCCUCAUCAUGAAAAUGAAGAAGCCCAGUCUUGCUGCUAUCAUGACAAUAAUCAAUGGAUCAAUUAUUGGCUACACACAGGACUUUUAAAUGUACAAGGAGAUAUUAAAAUGUCUAAAAGCCUACAAAAUACAAUAAGUAUCCCUACUCUUUUAGAAAAAUAUUCUGCAAAUGAAUUCAGGAUGCUUUGCCUUCUUAGUCAUUAUAGAUCAAAUGUUACAUUUUCUGUUGAUCUUAUAAAAAAUGCUGUCACUAUUUCAAAAAAGUUUGAAUUUUUCCUCAGUGAUUGCAACAAUUACAUUUCUGGAAAGUUAGAUAAUAUAAAUAUAAAUGAAUCUGAAUUGCUUAAGUGUUUGGAAGAAACCAGAAAUAAAGUAAAAUCUUUUCUUGCUAACGAUUUUCAUACACCAUUAGCUUUGCAAGCUGUUUCCAAUUUAAUUGCUGUUAGCAAUCAAAUGUUUCAGAAAAAGUCAUUAACAAUUACAUCAAGAAGUCCUGCAAGUGUUGCAGCUGUUUCAAAUUAUGUUCAAACAUUUAUGUCAAAGCUAGGAUUCAAAAAACAUCAAAGUUCUACAGAAAAUAAUGAUAUUUCUAAAAUAUUAGAUCAUGUUGUUGAUUUCAGAAAUGAAGUUAGAGCAAAAGCUCUUGCCAAAAAUGAAAAAGAUAUUGAAAUUCUGAAAAGUUGUGAUAGUUUCAGGAAAAAUCUAUCAGGCUGUGGUGUGGAUAUAAGGGUAAAUGAAAAAAUAAUUAUAUCUUUAUGUAAGUUAAAAUGUUCAAUCAAAUGUUACUGAAUGAAAUUUUUUUAGGAUCUACAAGAAAAAUCUAGUUGGACAAUAAGAAGCAGAUAAAAUUAAAUACUUUCAUACAUGUAAAUAACAUUUAUUACCUACUAUUAAAAUUGUAAAUUUAAC